AUGUCGCAGCUUAAUGUUCGUGUACGUUUAAAUUUACGUCAUAUUUGUUUUGAAAAUUUGACUUCGUCAGUUUUAAGAAAAAUUAUUGUGGAUUUGGAGACUGAUUGGGAUAGUCCUACCCUUUGCGAAGUCAACAUCGAUGCUUUCAUUUCGUACCCAUUGAAGGAGCUGAAAAUCAUGCCAAAAACUCGUUUGAAGCUGUCUUUAAGCCCCCAUUGGAAGCAGGCAUUGACUCGCCUGGACUUCAGGUACUUCACGUUUCGUGGUGAGAGGGACUCUGUCAAGAAUUACCCACACACUUUGCUUUUGGAGGCCUUUUCGGAAGCAUACAUGCACAUUCAUGUCCUCCUCUCGAACAUGAAGAAAAUGAAGCUUGGUGUAAAGAAUUCUAGAAGAAUGUUGGGUGCUGCUGUUCAAAAGACGUUCACCGACCGACUCCUAAUUCCGGCCAUUCGCCGUGUUCUGAUUUGUUCUCGUGCAAAUCGAUCUGGUGGAUCUUCUGGCGAAGCCAUUGGUACUGGAUUUCAUAUGACGGUGCCCAAAUUUUUGCUUGGUUCGGAGCUUAAGCUCUUAGUCAAGUCUAUGCGUGAUAUUGCGAAGGAGAGUGCGGAUUUGGCCCCAUAUCGUCAUUUUGUUUUUGUGGUUUCUUCUUUCGGGUUUAAAAGCCCAAUUUAUGGUCCGGAUUACACGUCCAUUCUUGAUACCAUGGUCGACUGGUCCCAACUUGACCCGCAAAGAUGCCUUGUAGAUAUUGGCUUGAAUCUAUUUGCCAAAUCCGAGGAUGGCCGACAAUUGGUAUUGUACGUUAAAGUGGAAAAAGUCGAAAAUAUGGGAAAACGUUUUGAUGAUCCAUCCAUAAAGACAGAUUUUUAUGGAAUGUCUUUGGGUUCUUUUGGUGGCUUCUCGGGAAAAGUAUCUGUUUACGAUGUCCCGUUCUGGUGUAAACGAAAAGGUGUCCGGUCCAUGGUACCCGAGAAAAUGAGAAAUAUUUUUCAUCAUCAAGAAGGUCAUCAUUUAAAGAACAUGAUUGUAAUUGAGAUGGUUUGUGUCCCCGCGAUCAUAGCCACUACGGCUUACGUCGACGUCUUAGUCGCAAAGUUAAAGUCUGCUUUUGCUGGUGAAGCGUUCAUCCACAUUGAUUCGAGUAUUUACCUUCAUUACGUUGGUCUUUUGGUAAAUCUUUUAAGUGACUUGGCCGAAAAAUGUCUUGGUUCCGUUCUGUUGCAGUCGUUCUCCGGGUUAUAUCUCUUGGUCUACAUGCCCAACAACGUGCUGUUUUUCCCUGGUGCGUUUGACGUCGAUGGCGACAGAGUCAUGUUUGGGCAUACUUUUGAUUCUACUCGUAUUCAACAGGCAUUUCCCGGUGCAGUUACUUUUGAUUCCACCGAACAAUUCAUGUCGAGUCGAUUCCAGGACGGUUACGUAAGAGGUGCCAACGUGCCGGAAGCUUUUUAUGAUUUGUUCGACAAUACCGAGACAACCUUAGAAGGAUUACUUUUGACAAUGUCCAAUGCUUUUCCUCUUGCUCCCGUCACUUGUCCUACUCUUCAGGCGUAUUUCGAAAUGAUCACUGCCUCCGACGGUUUCGGGACGAAGUUUGCCGCCUAUUUUUUGGAGCAAUUCUGGUCCGAAUAUAUAACUUUUUGGAAGGAUGGUGAUUGCUAUUUUGACCUACUUGGUUUCUCCAAUGUUCCAACCAAGGCUUUUCUUUCCAACUUUGAUGCUAAGCGAGUGGCUGAACCAAUGUGUAUUACAGAGCGAAUGUAUUUUCUUCUCCCAUUGCCGGAUAGAGACAGCUGUAGACCUGCGGACAUUAAGAAUGAACUGACUGCGUACAUGGAUGGAAAAGGUAUAGACUUAAACUGGAAGUCUUUUGGAACCAGGGCCUGGUAUCUGGAGUUAUUUGCAAACCCAUUUAUCGGUUACGAAGUCCUAUCUCAUUUUCAUUCCUUGCUAAUGGUUCAGUGUCUUCUUGCUUCAUCUCGAUUUGAGGUAGUAUUUGAGGAAUUAAACAUAUCUUUAUGCAACUUCCUUCGUAAAUAUUCCGGUGAUAACCAAUCUGUCUGUAAAUUACUUAGUUCCAAUCCUCUUCCUCACAUCAGUGAUAAUUUCAGAAAGCUAAAUGGGGACUCAAAUACAUCAGUAUCAGAACCUAAUCGUCUUACACGCGUUAAGCGUCGUAAAAAAAUUGUUGCAAUCGAUGGGACAACUGUUAAUAAAGUUGGAAACCUAGUAAUAGUACCAAAUAAGAACCAAAAAAAUAAUUUCAAUAACUUAGAUACUUCUAAAGUCAUUGCAAAGACCCGUUUGUGGAAAAUGACAAAGAUUUAUGGUACUGGCAAAAGUUACUACGAAGGGGGUUUUUCUAUUAUGCUCGCUGUCAUAAUCGUUUCAUGUAGAUGCAUUAAUUUAGUUAAUUCUUUGCCGGCAACUGUUCAUCUGCAGGCCAGCCAUCAAUCAUCAAAUAUUAUUCGUAAAAAAAAUUGUCGUUGCUCACAAAUGUUCUUGUCGAUUAUCCUUCUAACUGGAUUAUUACACGUUAGUAAACUUCUAACUUUCAUUCGGGGUUGCUAUGUCCGGCAAUGCUGGGCUUUCAGAGGCAAGAAUAUUGCAGUGCACCUAGUGUAUGACACUAAAACGUAA